AUAUAUAUAUAUAAUAUCGACACAUUUUGUUCGUUAUUCGUCAUUAAUCGAUAUUCAUCAUUAUCAUUGGUGACGUCUGACGUGUUACAACAAGGGUAUAAUAUACUUCACAAACGUUGUAUUUGAUUUUUGUAUAUUCUGAGUUCUGACUAGAAUACUAGAUAGACUAUAGACUAUAGUUGUUCCAUUUAUUCUUGUUUAUAAGCAUUUUUCAAACAGUGAUUUGUAUAAUAAUAUUUUACAAAUUAUAAAAUGGAAGAUCGUCAUAAAUUAAAGCGAGUUUAUAUGAGUGGUGCAGAUAAACGAAAAUUAGCUAAAGAAAAAGAAAAAAAAAAUAAUGAAAUAAUUUCAAAAACAAGGCGAAUGACUGAUUUUAUCAUAACACAGCCAAACACGACUUCUGAGUCAUAUCAAACUGCUUCACCAGUAAUUGUAACUGAAAACCCUUCACCACAAAUCCUAAAUGUUGAAGAAACAAAUGAAGGUUUAAAUUUAGAUAUAGGAUUAUGGCCUGAAAAUAUGACAGGAUUAAUAGAUUACUGGGUAAAAGUAGGCAGUUCAAAUGUACAAAAUUGUUCUCAAGAAUUAUUUAUACAAAAAUCAAAAAAACAGUUUGAUGUAAAAUUUACUCGUAAAUGUAAUAAGUCAUUGUUUGAGCGAAAAACUACCAACGGAGAAAUAGUUAAGCGUUCAUGGUUAUGUUUUUCGCCAUUCAACGGUAGUAUUUUUUGUUUUGUUUGUAAAUUAAUGUCCAAAACACGCAGUCAAUUUACUCACGGUGGUUUUUGUGACUGGAAACAUGCAGAUAAUCGAUUAAUAAGUCAUGAAACUUCCAAAGAUCAUUUAAAUUCUGUGAUUAAUUUAGCUGUUCGUUCAAAAGAAUUAAAUCGUAUUGACAAUGAACUUAUCAAACAAAGUGAAGAGGUAAAGAGUUAUUGGCGUAAUAUAAUCAAGAGACUGAUAAGUGUUAUAACAUUUAUAUGUGAACGAGGUUUGGCAUUACGUGGUACAAAUGAAAUUGUUGGAUCGCCUAAAAAUGGCAUCUAUCUUGGAAUUCUGGAGCUGUUAGCUGAGUAUGAUAAUUUUCUUAAACAGCAUAUUGAAAAACAUGCAAAUCGUGGAAGUGGGCACACUAAUUAUUUAUCUUCUACAAUCUGUGAAGAAUUAAUAGAAAUAAUGGGAAAUAAUGUUUUAAAUGAAAUAAUUGUUAGUGUAAAACUAUCUAAAUAUUUUUCAAUUUCAUUAGAUUCGACACCCGAUGAAGGUCAUAUAGAUCAAUUAACAUUAGUUUUUAGAUAUAUUGAAAGAGAUACACCAGUGGAAAGAUUUUUAGUAUUUAUGCCAAACCAAGGUCAUAAAGCUCAAGAUAUGUAUGAUGGUUUAAUAAGCUUUUUAAAUAAGUAUAACUUAAAUAUAAAAAAUUGUAGAGGCCAAUCAUACGAUAACGCUUCUGCAAUGAGUGGGAAAUACAAUGGACUCCAAUCAAAAGUUCUGGAAAUUAAUAAGCACGCUUUUUGGAUUCCAUGUGCCACACAUUCUUUAAAUUUGGUAGGAAAAGCAGCAGCCGAGUGUUGUACUGCUGCUGUUGAAUUUUUUGAUUUCUUAGAGCAGUUAUAUGUAUUUUUUACGGCAUCAACAAAACGUUAUGAACUAAUGGUUAUAGCUCUAAGUUUAGAAAAUACCAAAACCCGUAUUCAUGUACCACAACGAGUUAAUACUACACGUUGGUCAUGUAGAUCUGAUGCAACAAAAGCCCUUAUGCUAGGCUAUAAACAAUUUAAAAGUACUCUAAUUAAAAUAGCUGAUGACUUAGAACAAACAACAAAAACGCGCUGUGAUGCAAAUUGUUUAUACAACCAAUUGUGUACACUUGAAAUUGGAAUUUACACAGUCUUUUGGAAUAAUAUCCUUGAAAGAGUAGACAGCACUAAUAAAUUACUGCAAGAUCCGACUUUAGACCUUAACACUGCAGUUUCUGCUAUUAGGUCUUUAAAGAAUUUUGUUCAAUCUAAACGUGAUAAGUUUGAUGAAUAUGAAAAACAAGGAGCAAACAUUUCGGAAACAACAGACUAUUUGAAACAUCGUAAACGGCAAAGGAAUAUCCGUUUAAAUCCAAUAGAUUUUCAUGAAACACCCGAAGUAGAUUUAACUUCUUCUCAGAAAUUCAAAAUUCAAAAUUUUUUACCUGUUAUAGAUACAUUUAUUUCUAACUUGGACAAACGGUUGUCUGCUUAUGAAUUGGUAUACCAACGAUUUGGCUUUCUUCGAAAAUUAGACCAAUUAAGUAAUGAAGAAAUUGAAAAUGAAGCAACUAAACUUGUCAAAAUUUACGAAGAUGAUAUCGAUGAACACUUUGGAAACGAACUUAUCCAGUUUAAAGAAUUUUAUAAACAUUUUAAAGAUGAAAACAGUGAAUUUCAUAAUAUUAGUCAAGAACAUUUGAUGUAUAAAAUAUUAAUUAAUAAGGAGGUAAAAGAUUGUUUUCCAAACGUUGAAAUAGUUCUUCGCAUUUAUCUUGUUCUUAUGAUUACAAACAGUAGUAGUGAAAGAUCAUUCUCUAAUUUAAAACACAUAAAAAAUAGAUUGCGUACUUCUAUGGACGGAGACAGACUCAAUCAUCUUGCGAGAAUGAGCUCUGAGUCUGAUAUUUUAAGAAAACUAGAUUUUCAAAAUGUUAUUGAUAAUUUUGUGCAAAUGAAAUCAAGAAGAGUUCCAGGCAUUUAAGUUUAAUAACUUGACAUUUUUUUGUAUUACUCAAUAUUUAAUUAAACGCACUUACAUAAU